UAUGAACGGAUUGUUUAUUGGAUCACAUUUCAUCACGUGUUCAAAUCAGAAAUUUUAAAACAAAAAUUAACCACAAUUAAUCGAAUGAAAAAAUGGCAACAUCAACUCCAAUCGUUAAUCCAUCAACAAUUUUACCAUUAGAACUCAUUGAUAAAUGUAUCGGUUCGAGAAUUCAUAUAAUCAUGAAGAAUGACAAAGAAAUUGUCGGAACAUUAUUAGGUUUUGAUGAUUUCGUCAAUAUGGUACUGGAAGAUGUCACUGAAUACGAAAAUACUCUCGAAGGAAGACGUGUAACUAAAUUAGAUCAAAUUUUGUUGAACGGUGUUAAUGUUUGUAUGAUGGUUCCUGGGGGUGAAAUGCCAGAUGUAUAAAAUCAAUUUUCUAUUUGCUUUAUAACUUGAUAAAUGCAUUAACCAAAAUGAAAAAUCACAAAUAAAGAGAUAAUUUUUUAAUCACUACUAUCA